ACAGCAACAAACACGCCACCCAGCUCUUCCAGGUAAUCUCAGCUAAAGAUAUACAACGAGACUAGCUGCAACCUUGUGAUCACCAUCUAUACUCAUGGACCAAGUGACGAAGCUGGCGUCGGAGCGGGCUGUAGUGGUGUUCACGUCGAGCAGGUGCUGCAUGUGCCACUCCGUGACGUCCCUCCUCACCAACCUAGGCGUCAACGUGGCCGUGUACGAGUUGGACAAGGAACAGCGGGGCAGAGAGAUGGAGAGAGAGCUGGCCAGGAAGCUCGGCCGCGGUGCGCCGAUAGUGCCGGCGGUGUUCAUCGGCGGCACCCUCAUCGGCGGCACCAAUAAAGUCAUGGCACUGCACCUGGCCGGCGAGCUCGUGCCCAUGCUUAAGAACGCCGGCGCUCUCUGGCUCUAGUGAAAGAAGAACGCUUGCAUGCCAACAAUGCAAUGAAAUAAGAGUGCUAUAUAAAAGAAGGUAAAAAAGAAGACACGUAGAAGGCCAGGUUUUUUAUUAUCCUGUUCCGACUGCCUAGAAAAUAUAUGUGCUCUUGUUAAGGAUUUGUUUACCUGCUCAUGGACUUUAGCUUGCUUA